CACAAAGCUGAUGACUAAAAGUGCAGUGCUUGACUUGGACUGAAAUAGGUUCUGGUACAAACUUUAGGUGCACGAGCUCCACAAUACUUUCUGAGCUGACAUUCUUUACAAGACGAACAGUAGAAAAUGUGAGGUGCUGGUACCCAUCUCUGGUGAUUUCCCUGUACAUAGUGUCUUUAUUAUGCAUUUUCAAAUCUGACUUCACUAUUUGGUCGUGUAUGGAAAUUCGCUUUCUGGGACGGGUGUCAGUUAAACUGCAGUACCGAAGCCAAACUGUAGGAGCAGUCGAAACGGUGAUUCUAGACCGGAACCGUGGCCCCUUGGGAAAGACAGUCAGCCGUGAAUAUGCCCCCUGGAACGUGCCAGAGCGUCCGACGUAGCCCCACUACCCAGCGUGGAGUAGCUAGCUCACUUGGUGUCGUUGAAAUCGCUGCUGAAAUGAUUUUGAACUAAAACAUAUUUGAAAAGGAGCUAUUUGAAGAUACUACAGUCAUGGCAGAAGCUCAUCAGGCUGUGGCGUUCCAGUUCACCGUCUCUCCAGAUGGCAUUGAUCUGCAGUUGAGCCACGAGGCCCUGAGACAAAUCUACCUGUCUGGCCUGCAUUCCUGGAAGAAAAAGUUUAUCCGCUUCAAGAAUGGGGUGAUGACCGGGGUGUACCCUGGCAGUCCCACCGGCCUGAUGUUAGUGGUGGGGCUGUACAUGGGGAGGGCAAAGUACGUCCAAGCUGAUCCUUCCUUGGCACUGUUCACCAAAGUGGGUGCUCACCUGCCUGUUAGUCGCUACAUGUCCUUUGAGAAACAACAGGUGGUUGGCGGGGUGCUAGUUGGCACAGGGCUCUGGGUGGCUAUUUUCUUCACCAUGCGAACUGCACUCAAGUGGCUGCUCUCCUGGCAUGGAUGGAUGUAUGCCCAUCACGGCACCGUGUCAUGGAGGACACGCAUCUGGCUGGUACUGGUGAAAAUCUUCUCCGGGAGGCGGAAUCCCCAGUUGUACAGCUUCCAGACAUCGUUACCACAGCUCCCUCUGCCCUCAGUGAAAGACACCAUCAAUAGAUACCUUGAAUCUGCCCAUCCGCUCAUGGAUGACGAACAGUACUCGAGGAUGGAGGGUCUUGCCAAGGAUUUUGAGAAAGGCCUGGGUCCUAAACUUCAGUGGUACCUAAAACUCAAAUCCUGGUGGGCUACGAACUAUGUCAGUGACUGGUGGGAGGAGUACAUCUACCUAAGAGGCCGUGGACCAAUCAUGGUCAACAGCAACUACUAUGCAAUGGACUUCCUGUAUGUGUUCCCCACCAGUCUGCAGGCUGCUCGGGCAGGCAAUGCUAUCCAUGCCAUCAUGCUGUACAGGAGAAUGCUGGACCGAGCGCAGAUCAAACCGCUCUUUGCACUGGAUAAAAGAGUUCCUCUUUGCUCCGCCCAAUGGGAGCGCUUGUUCAAUACGUCCCGCCUCCCAGGCCUGGAACGGGACACCAUCCAGCAUAUGCAGGACAGCAGGCACAUCGUGGUGUACCACCGGGGGCGCUACUUCAAGGUGCCCAUGUUCUACGACGGUAAGGUGCUGUCGCCCAGGGCCGUAGAGCAACAGAUGGAGCGUAUCCUGGCUGACCCCUCUGAACCCCAGCCGGGGGAGGAGUGCCUGGCCGCCCUCACUGCUGGGGACAGGGUGCCCUGGGCGGAGGCCCGCGAGGCCUACCUGAGACAGGGCAGGAACCAGCAGGCCCUGGACACUGUGGAGAAGGCUGCCUUCUUUGUGACCCUGGACGACACAGAGCAGCGUUACAAGGCUGACGAUCCUGUCCGAUCCCUGGACAGCUACGCCAAGUCCCUGCUGCACGGCAAAUGUUACGACAGGUGGUUUGACAAGUCCUUCAACCUCAUCGUGUUCAGGAACGGGACCAUGGGUCUGAACGCAGAGCACAGCUGGGCAGAUGCCCCUAUCAUAGGGCACCUCUGGGAGCAUGUGCUGUCGAUGGACCCUGUGAAGCUGGGUUACACAGAGGAAGGCCACUGCAAAGGAAACCCCCACCCGUCCCUCCCAGGCCCUCAGAGGCUGCAGUGGAACAUCCCAGCUGAGUGUCAGACGGCCAUCGCCAGCUCUCUGAUGGUGGCCAAGGCCCUGGCAGACGACGUCGACUCCCACAUCAUCCCCUUCAAUUGCUUCGGGAAGGGCCUGAUCAAAAAGUGUCGCACCAGCCCCGAUGCCUUCAUCCAGAUCGCCCUGCAGCUGGCUCACUUCAGGGACAAGGGGAGGUUCUGUCUAACGUACGAGGCGUCCAUGACACGCAUGUUCCGAGAGGGUCGCACAGAGACAGUGCGUUCCUGCACCGUGGAGACCUGUGCCUUCGCCCGCUCCAUGGUGGAAGACAACCCGAGAGAGCUGCGGCUGAAACUGUUGAAGGAAGCUGCGACGAGACACCAGCAGCUCUACCGGCUGGCCAUGACUGGAGAGGGCAUCGACCGCCACCUCUUCUGUCUCUACGUGGUCUCCAAGUACCUGGGGGAGGACUCGGCCUUCCUCAAAGAGGUGCUGUCGGAGCCCUGGAGGCUGUCCACCAGUCAGACUCCCCUCCAGCAGGUGGAGUUGUUUGACCUGGCCAGACACCCAGAGUAUGUGUCCAGUGGGGGAGGCUUUGGUCCGGUGGCAGAUGAUGGAUAUGGUGUGUCCUACAUCAUCUUGGGAGAAAACCUCAUUAACUUCCACAUCUCCAGCAAGCACUCGAGUCCUGAGACGGACUCUCAUCGUUUUGGAAACCUCAUCAAACAGGCCAUGCUCGACAUCUUGGCCUUAUUUCAGCUGGAUGCAAAUGCCUUGGCGUGAUCUUCUCCCCCCCCUACCUGAAAACCUCAACUUGAACUCUUCCAUAGGCUUACUCAGACGAAAUGCUGUGUUAUGAUUUUAGAAUGUGUUUUAAGAUCAUAAUAUUAACAAAAUAAGUGUAUAGGAAUGAUUGUAGGGGUGUUUUUUUCCAUUUUAAGUUGUGUAUUGCAUGCUAGCUCACAGACCCAUGCUGCCAUGUGUUGUCCUGUGUUGAGGUUACGCUCAGCUCAUUUCAAAGUGCUGGUGCCUUAAUGCACUGUGGUAGUUGAAGUGAGGGUUGGAGAGGUGAAGUGAACAUUUCAGUCAGCGCUUACAGUACGCCCGCUGUCUUGCGUGCAGUUCUUUUGAGCUGCUAGCUGCGCAAAAGCAUUUUGGUUUCUGGGUUUUAAUAUCAGUUGUUGUUUUAACUGUUGCUCUGUGUACCACCAAGUAAAGGACUGUUGGCAGGGGUACAGUAUCCAUUCUAGUACAACUUCCAUGGACAGGUGAUGCUGUCCUAAAAUUGACACCGUAACAGCCUUAGAGUCUGACACAUUUCAAUAGUAUUGAUUAGUGACAGUUGAAGGAUCAUACUUAAGGCCCGGUUGCCCAGAACCGGACAUAGGUCCUGGGCUAAAGAGCACUUUAUAUGGAUAUUCUCCUUUCAAGUUGUUUUUCUGCCCAGGACUAUGCUAAAUCUGUGUCCAGGAAACCGGCCCUCUGUACUACAGUAUAAAUACAGUUGGUAAAGUCUUAAAGGGAUAGUUCUACAUUUUUGGCAAUUAAGCCAUUUUUCUACUUACCCAGAGGAACAUGAACUCAUGGUUACCGUUUUUAUGUCUCUGCUAGCUGUACCUAUAGACUUACAGUCAUUGCGCUAACGCUAGUUAGCAAUGCCUCACCGAACUACCUUCAACUUCCUUCAAACUGCACCAUGAGGCAUUACACGUCACAUUUUGUUUGUUAGAUGUAAAGUAUAAUUACAAAUAUUUAAACUUGAUAAUUUGAAUUUCAAAAGUAUUUGAAAUAUCGUACAGCAAUGUAAAUGUCUGCUGUAGAAGGGAUUCCUUUGUUGCUAAGGCGAUAGCGUUACAUGUUUCGUUAUAAAUAUGUAAAACAGCUUAUAUAUAUACCAAAAUAAAGUGUAUGUUGCCAGUGGA